AUGGCGCAUGCAAGAUUGCCAGCCCUCCUUCAGUGCAGAAGCCUGUUGCAAUCCCUGGGUGGUGUAGGUGGUCUCCAAGGCCCUGCACCUGAGGUGGCAGCAAAGCAGGACUGGCCCCAACAGGUCACUAGGGUUGGCAAGGUUGCUGGCCGCUUUGAGGUGCCCCGCAAGCCUGUCUUUGCCGUGGUGGAGCUUGGGCCCACUCAAUUCAAGGUCUCCCCUGGUGAUGUUGUGGUGUCAGAGAAGAUACGCGGCGUGGAUGUGAACGACAAAGUCAAGCUAUCCCGGGUUCUGAUGCUGGGUUCGCGCUAUGAGACCAUCAUUGGCCGCCCAAUUGUUCCCUCAGCCAGCAUCACUGCCGUUGUUGAGGAGCAAUUCCAGGAUGCCAAGGUCCUCAUCUUCAAGAAAAGGCGGAGGAAGAACUCUAGGCGGCUGAAAGGCCACCGGCAGGAUCUGACAACGCUGAGGAUAGUGGACAUUCAUGGCAUUGAUGAGCAUCCUCAGGACGACAGCACAUCAGGUCAGGUUGCAGCAGACAUGAAGGAGGAGGCUGCCUGA